GGACCAACUCAACCAGGCAGUGGUGGGCCAACUCAACCAGGCAGUGGUGGGCCAACUCAACCAGGCAGCGGACAAACAAUCCCUGGAGGACAGCCUAGACCAGCCAAAAAACCAAAGCCAGGAAAGAAGAGAAUCGAAAAGGUAUUUAAUUCAAAAUCAGAAGCUAAUGCGGAAGCCGACGCACAAUCAUCUACUGAAAUUGACUACACAACAACACAGACUGGCACUAUUGGAACAAGUACAUUAAAUUCAAGGAGCAAAGCAAGCAGUAACAGUAAAAGCAAAAGUUCAUCUUCGACAUCAACAGCAGUAAAAGAAACGGACUCAUAUGAGACAGGCAGUGGUGGACCAACUCAACCAGGCGGUAAUGGUGGACCAACUAAACCAGGCAGUAGUGGACCGACUCAACCAGGCAGUGGUGGACCGACUAAACCAGGUGGCAGUGGUGGACCGACUCAACCUGGCAGUGGUGGACCAACAAAACCAGGCAGUGGUGGACCGACUCAUCCAGGCAGUAGUGGACCGACUCAACCAGGCAGUGGUGGACCGACUAAACCAGGUGGCAGUGGUGGACCAACUCAACCUGGCAGUGGUGGACCGACUAAACCAGGUGGUAAUGGACCAACUCAACCAGGCAAUGGUGGACCAACUAAACCAGGCAGUGGUGGACCGACUCAUCCAGGCAGCGGAGGACCAACUCAACCAGGUGUUAUGUGUGAAUUCCCGGGCGAAAAAGACGGUGACGCGGUUCGCCACCCGUCAUGUUCCAUCUCCCGAAAUGGCGAAAAGUGGAUUGCGGAGCUUCAUUUGGCCACAUCAAAUGGAGGUCCGUGA